AGUCGCAAACUAUUGCCAUUAAAGAAGCUGCAAUGGGAACUUUGACAGCUACUUCCCUUUCAUCAGCAUCAUCGCAAAAUUAGCAGCUGAUGCACCCAAAAUUAACAGUUUCAAUGAUGGGGGCUCUUUCAGUCUUUGUCUGGAAGUUCGUACUAUCCCCACAAGCCAAAAACGACACACACACACUCAGCUCCGUCUUUCAGCUGUAUAUACAUCCAUCAAGACAACCUCUGUUUGAAACCUGGGGGAGUCACAAACUAUUGCCAUUAAAGAAGCUGCAAUGGGAACUUUGACAGCUACUUCCCUUUCAUCAGCAUCAUCGCACCUUAAUUUGAUCCCAAGAAGACCCUUUGGAACAAAGAUUAAAAAUCCAAUCUUGCAUAAUCCGUUUAGCUAUCAACACCCCACCAAUUCACAUCUCCCUUCAUAUCAGUUCAAGAGAGCAAAAUUCGAGCUUUCCACAGCCAUCUCUUCCACUGACACUGUGCCAGCGGCUGAUCAAUCAUCCAAAGACGCUUCGUUUGGUCAAGAAACUGAGAAAUCAGAAAAAGAUGAGAAAUUUGAUUGGUACGCACAACGGUAUCCUGUGAUGCCUGUUUGUGAUCUUGACAAAAGGAGGCCACUUGGGAAGAAAGUGAUGGGAAUUGAUAUUGUUGUGUGGUGGGAUAGGAAUGAGAAUGAGUGGAAGGUGUUUGAUGAUACUUGUCCUCAUAGGUUGGCUCCUUUGUCUGAAGGAAGGAUUGAUCAGUGGGGCAGGUUGCAGUGUGUUUAUCAUGGUUGGUGCUUUGGUGGUUCUGGCGAUUGCAAAUUCAUUCCUCAAGCACCCCCAGAUGGUCCUCCGGUAAUUGAAAUUGCUAACAAGUUCAUUUUCAUGAUUGUGAAGUAUGCGAAGUAUGCGUCUUUCGUAUCCGCUAGUUCUCCUUUUCGAUGCAUUGAUUUUCAGUCAGUGUCAUUGUUACUGUUUGCUACAUCCAUAUUUCACAAGAUUGUCUUUGAAUUUGAACAUAGGCAGAUAUUCAUCACCAGCACUGAAGCAGAUCCAUACUCUAGCAAAGCAUGUGUAGCUGCAUAUCCAAGUUGUGUGCAAAAUGGCAUUCUUUGGUUUUGGCCUAAUGCUGAUAGUCAGUACAAAGACAUAUUUUCGAAGGAAAAGCCUCCAUACAUUCCGGAAAUUGAUGAUCCGUCCUUUACCAGUCGGAUGAUCACUAGAGAUAUACCAUACGGGUACGAGAUUCUGAUUGAAAAUCUUAUGGACCCUUCUCAUGUUCCAUAUGCACAUUAUGGCAUACUGAAAGUCCCACGGUCCUCAGAGAGUGUUGAGGCUGACAGGGAAGGAGGGAGACCACUCGAGAUAAGGGUAAAGACAUUAGACGUAAAGGGUUUCACUGCAAAAUCAUCGACAGUUUCAGAUCACAUAUUUAUUCCACCUUGUGUUUUUUAUUCCUGGUCAUUAGGAGGUACUCUAGAGAAUGUAACUACUUCACUAUCUGGAACCACAGAGAAUCCAUCGACACCUAAGCCGGUGAAGAAGGUACUUUUGGUGUUCCUAUGUAUUCUGGUUAGCCCGGGCAAUAGCAGAAUGAUAUUUACCUGGCCAAGGAAUUCUGGCGUCUGGUUAGAUCGUAUUGUUCCGCGCUGGAUAUUCCAUGUGAACCAAAAUCUAAUUAUAGAUUCAGAUAUGUAUCUUCUCCAUGUGGAGGUACUCCCUGGAACCUUUCCUCUUCUCUUUUCUACAACAGGGGUCCUUGUACGUGUCCAAGUCUUCAGUCAUGGUAAUUUGAGCAUCAGAAUGUCAAGGAAUUUGGGUCAUAAAGCUUGCUUUGUUCCUACAAAGGCAGAUGCCCUUGUGGUGGGCUUCAGAAGGUGGUUAAACAAGUAUAGCAAUGGUCAAAUUGACUGGGGAACAAAGUACACUGGAGCACUCCCACCCACUCCGCCUAGAGAGCAGCUUCUGGACAGGUACUGGAGUCACACAGUCAGCUGCAGGAGUUGCAAUCUAGCAUAUAAAGGGCUCAAUGCACUAGAGAUUGUGUUGCAAGUCUUCUCUCUUGCUUCAAUUGGAAUUGUUGCUGCUGCAAAACAGGGUGCACCAUCCGCAGCAGCAGAAAGCACUCUGGUCUCAGUGGCUAUUAUCAGCUUUUUGGUUUCCAAGUGGUUAUCCCACUUUGUUUACAAAAGCUUCCAUUUUCAUGAUUAUGAUCACGCAUCGCGCUGA